AUGUCCCGGGUCAGGACCUGCCCGAAGAGGUUUGUCCCGGACCGGUCCGCAGAGGCGCAGGAGUCAGAGACGGAGGGACCAAUCACGUCCGCCCCUGUCAACACCGGUGGAUGUUUAGAGAAGCUGACCAUUGCUGAUUACCUGGCGGCACAACGGCAAAAGGUUUACACUAGGUAUUCACACUCUGUGAAACGAGACAUAAACGGUAAGCUGCAAAAGGACAUUGAGUUGGAGCUUCAAAAGAUCUGCUACGCUGAGACUCACGUGGAGGAGGACGAACUGUUCUUUCAGGAAAUCAUCAAGGAAAAGGAGCAGAAGCUAUCGGAUGCCCUCGAGCUUGACAUUGAGAGUUACAAGGAGAAGCUGACUGAGUACACGCAGUACAAGGACUUCUUUACGGGCCUGGCCCCUGCGACAUGGAGAGAGGAACAGAAGAUGAAGCGGGAACAGAGGAGGGCACCCAAACCGAAGGAGGAGGAGGCACAGAAGACCAAGCAGGCAGACUCAGCUAAAGGUCGUGUGAAGAAAAGUGGCUGUGAACAGAAGAAACCUGCCCCAGAAGCUCCCAAGCCAGAGAAGUCAGACAGUGAUGAGGAGCCUGAGAUUUAUUUCACAGACCCCAUGGAGGUCAUGACUGCUCUGGAUGAGCUGAUGGAGGAGGACCUGUUCCACAUCCAGGACUUCCAGGAUACUGAGGAGGACAUGACCAGGAUUCACAAAGUCCUCCACCAGACAGAGACAGAUACGCAGACAACCAUGCAGAAUCUGCACGAGCAGAUCGAGAAGCUGAAGACGGAAAUCCAGGCAGCAGAGGACAUGGCCUCAGACCUGGAGCUGAAGUCCAGGCUGUUCUCCUACGGGGAGUACAAUGUCAACCAGGAUAAAAUGAUUCGAUGCCUGCACGACAAGGUGAAGAACGUGUAUGCGAAGUGUGUGGACGGCGUGGAGUCCAGCACGCUGAGCAUGCUGACCAGCAUCGAGGACAAGGUGGAGGACAUCAUCGAGCGCAUCGAGGAGCUCCCGCCCGGUGUGGCUGAUGCCAUCGAGCGCGCCCGCGAGACCGAGAGGCGCCAAAAGAUGCAGGAGAUGAAGCAGCUGAUGGAGAAACAGGCCCAGCAGGAGAGAAUGAGACGGGCUACAGAGAGAGCUCUGGCUGACAUCAAGAAACUGGUCUGUACCUGA